AUGUUUGCCAAAGGUGUGGUGAAGAAAAAAGAUGUUAAUAAAAUAAUAGCCUCAUAUUUAUCAAAAAUUGAGGAUGAUGAGGUAAAAUCAGAGUUGGAGGCGAUGUCGGGGUUAGAAUAUAACCUGCCCGGAGAAAAAAAUUCGGAAAGUGUUGUUUUUUCAACAAAUACAAAUAAAAAAACAAAAGGAAAUUCAGGUAAAGAAUCCAGUAAAGUAAAUGAAAAAAAUAUGGAAAACGUAAAAUCAUCGAAAGAGAAAAAAGAAGUCGAGUCUCAGAUUCCCUCGUACAUGUCCUCUAAUGUUUCCGUAACAGAGCUCAGAAAAAUAAUAACUCAAGCAGGUAACACCUCCGAGGAUCGGUACAAGAUAUUGGAGGCCCGAGACCGGUUGAUGCGGUUGAAGAAGGCCAAAAUUCACACGCUCUCGAUGGCCAAAGUCACGCGAGGAACCUGUCCUGAUAUGUGUCCAGAGAAAGAGAGACUUAUGAGGGAGUUCCAGCGGCAGGUUUCGGCUUACGAAUUGAUCGAAGGUAAUGAAUAUAAAAUCGACCAUCAGAUUGCGGUCAAGCAGUACUCGAGGUCCUCUGCGGACCAGGAGGAACCGAUGCCUCAGGAUUUACGACCAGUUAACAUCCUCAAGAUGACUAUGAGCUACCUGUUGCAUGAGAUUGCGGAUUUGUGUGAGGAGAAUGGCACUAAUCUCGCCGAGUGGUAUCACUUUAUGUGGGACAGGACCCGCGGUAUCAGGAAGGACAUCACACAACAAGAACUUUGCUGUCUAGAGUCGGUGGCUCUGGUGGAGCAGUGCGCCAGGUUUCAUAUUGUAUCCAGCGAGCGACUUUGCGCAGAAGAGUUGUCUGUCUUUGACGGGAAAAUCAACACUGAGAAUUUGACCAAGUGCUUGCAGACUCUCAAGUACAUGUAUGCUGAUUUGAGAGAAAAAGGAAUAGUCUGUAAGAAUGAAGCGGAGUUUCGCGCUUAUAUCAUUUUGCUUAAUUUAAAUAACUCGAAUUUCAUGUGGGAUUUGCAGACGUUACCGGAAUCAAUAAGGAAGUCGCCACAAGUUAACUUUGCUAUAAGAGUUCAUGGCUCGAUUCAGGCGAAAAAUUGGAUAAAGUUUUUUAAGCUCGUGAGAAGUACCACUUAUUUGAAUGCUUCUAUAUUAAUUAGAUACUUUUUACAGGUCAGAGUUGAAGCGCUGUCUGUAAUGAUAAAAGCUUUCUGUAGAACUUCCUCCACUUCGUUUCCGCUGUACGAGUUUAUUGACAUGCUGGGCUUUGAGGACGAGAACGAAGCCAUAGAUUUCUGUGAGCAAGCCGGGCUUAGUAUCACUGAAGACGAGAUGUACAUUUUGAUAGAUAGAAAAAACAUUUGUUUGCCGCCACCAGUUUCUUGCCAGAUCAGAGCUAAGAGCCUUGUUCAAUCCAAGAGAAUUAAAAUUAAUUAUUCAAUAGGACAGUGUAUCGCCGGAGAUACUAUGCCUGAGCAGUUGUACCUAAAUCACAGGCCACAUUGCAGCUUUGAUGAGCACGGUUACCUCAAAGCGGAGGCGAUAAAUGCUUCUGACCAAAAUGGUGAAGUGGAGGAAGUUAUUGAAGUGGAUAUGGAACUUAUGGAAGAAACUUUUGAGGAAAAGACAGAAGAAGGAAUUAGUAAAGAUGAAGGAGCAGAAGUUGAGGAUGAGGAGAUGGAAGAAGAACAGGAAGAGGAAGUUGAAGAAGAGGACGAAGAUGAAGAUGCUGAUGAAAUUGAAAAAACUGAUCCCUAUGAAUUCGUAGAGGAAGACACUUCGGACACUGGAUUGACUCAGACGUUCGAGCGUAAACCGAAGGUUCAUUUUUCUGAUAAUUUCACAUCGGUUAAGUUUAAUAAAUUUUCAGAAGAUUCUUCUGAAAUUCUAAAGCCUGGAGUGAAUGAGGCGAAAUCUCUAUUUGAUGUUACGGACAGCUCGAAGAAAAAUCAAGUCUUCAACUCCGCGAUAUUUACUCAGUCUACGAGCCACUCUUCAUCUAUUUUUACAACAACUCAAUCAAAAGACGGUGUCAAUGCACAUCCUCUGAAAAGUAUAUUUUCAAAACCCGAGUCGGGAUUUUCUGAGCCGCGAUCGUUAUUUUCUGGAAAAUCUUCAACAAGUCAGCCUGCUACUGUUACUAUACCAGUGACUUCAUCAAUAUUCGGUAACAGCUCAAGUAAUUUCAAAUUAAGCUCCACACCAGUUCCUGUUGUUUCAGAAGACGUAGCGAUAAAAGAAAAGAAGAAAGAAAAUGAAGAAAAAAAUAGGGCCGAAUUUUUGAGAAAAAUCGAGGAAACUUCUGAAUGCAUAGCCAAAGAAUUGGAACAAGAUGUUAUUAAUACUCUGAGUGCCACUGUUUUGAAAGAAGUGAUUGAGGAAUCGAAAAUUUUUGAAAGGAAUUGUCAGAAAAUUUUUGAAAAUAUACUCGACCACGUGAUCAACGACAACUGUAGGUCAAUUUUAGACAACGAAUUGUACAUUGAAAAAAAAGUUGAAGAAUUGAGCAAACGCGUAAAGAAAAGAAUCGUUUGUAAGUAUGUAAAAAUCUGGCAAAAAAAAGUUAUAAGAAACAGAGUUCAACGUCGAGCUCUGGAAAAUACUCCGGUCUGGCUUUCGCAUCAGAGUUUGAAACAAUGUGCAAAGAAUAUGUUCAGUAAAGAGCAAAAGUUAGUCAUUGAACUUAUGCGAAACCGGUAUACACCUAAGGAUUCUUGUGACAGUAGAAAAUUUAUUGAUCCAGUGGAGGUGACGGCUUACCUGGGAAUAAAAGAGAAUGCGAAGACACUCGACAUUGAAACAACACCCAUCUCUUACUGGAAGAUGAUUAUCUCGUGGCCUUUGUUAGAUCAGCGACCUCUUCUUCGUAGGUAUCAGAAAAUAAUGACAGAGUAUCUGUGCCCACGAGACCCUUCCAUGGAUCCGAUUGUCAAAAUUUAUCAGCCAAAUCCAUAUGAAACCUUGGCGAUGUGUAUAAAAAAUGUGGAAGGUGUUCUCGAAGAUCAUCACUACACGGGAAAUGAUGGAUUAUUUCUUAUCUCUACGGUGGAUGAAGAUGCGAAAGUUGUCGCUCGAAGACUGACUAAAUCUGUACUAGCGAGACAAAAGUUAAUGGCGAUACCUUUAGUUUUAGUGAUCAUUGGAGCCGAUGCUGAAUCCAGUAUCAAUGUCGAGCCUACGGCGGAGCUUAAAAGUCUUGUUAAAUCUGGUUAUUUAUCAGAGUACGUGAUACAUCGCGAGAAAGUUAUCGAUGAGAGCAUUUUGUUGAAACUGACUCAGACUGCGGUACGCUGGCUGACGAUGAACAAAUCACCGCCGGUGCCUCUGGAAAUGGACUCGCUUUAUCAAGUUGUUGAUACUUGCUUGACGGAAGAAUUAUGGCUCAGGAUAACUGGACAUGCUUCGUAUAGUUCUAUCUUGUCAACAGCAUUGGAGGACCCCAAGUUUGUGGUUGAUCUUCAUAAUGAAACUAUCAGUCAUUUGAUUGAUAUUGUACUGGAUCCAGAGAAUACGUUGCAUACCAGCUUUCCUGAUGAAUUGAAACCCUUUUUGCCGAAGGAAUUCACACUGCCUUGUACUUAUGAGUAUUUUAAUGAUGACUGGAAGAAUGAAGAACAGCGGGUUCUCAUUGAGCGGACUAUUAAUAAUUUAUCUUUACCACCUUGGCGAUUCGAGUGGCCUAUCAGCGAUCCAACACAACUUCACAAAUCAAUCUUAAGCUACAGUAAAAAAGCUCUGAAGGAAAAUUAUUCAUCAUCAAUUUUAAUGAACAGACUAUUCCUCAUGAUCGACAGAAACGAAACGUUAGAUUUCAUCCAGAUUGUCAUUGAAAUAACAAAGCAAAAAAUAAAAAAUAUCGAUCCUGAAGUAUGUGUGGUAUUCAAUAGAAAUCACUUCAAGCACUUUUGUACAUUACCCUGGUGGUUAAAAUCUAGUACCUUGAUGAACGUCAAACCCAAAUUUAGCGAACACGUAUUUGUCGAACCAGCGAACAAAAAACAACGGCUGACUGAAAACAGAGCUGAGACUAUGGCGGAGAUUCAAAAGUAUGAAAGUUUCUGUUCAAUCGAAGAAGAUAAGCCCGAAAUUGAUACUGAAGAUAUCCAUAAUGCCUCUAUGAAGUUGGAAGCUUUGUUGUCUCAACACUCGUUAUCUAGUCAAUUGUUGGAGGAAAAAUUAAAAGCAGCCUUAAGUAGUGAUUAG